AUGGAAAUGUGGGACGCCCGGUCUAAUGGUAAGGAACCACCAAGUGUAAUCCCUGGAUUCCCCGAGCUACUUCCCAGGGCAAGUGGCACCUCCAACGUCCCUAUAAGUUACCCGAAUACUCCGCUUGGAUAUCCUACCAUUUCGGCUCACUUUGGUGGAACACCUUCUAAGGUUCGCCCUCAGGUGUUGAUGUCAGGCACAUCCUCCAAUAUAUUCACUGCGCCACCUUCUGCAGCCACGACACAACCCACCCUGCUAAGGCCAAACUUUGACCCGUCAUCCUUCACCUUUCAAGUACCAUCUUUCCCACUGGAACCUACCCAGUUCACCACUAAUUCCUACCCUCAGCAACCCAGGUACGAGUUUACCGCGGGACACGAGAAAACCUCAAAGAACCUUGAACAAGAGGAGAUUUCUCAAAAAAUGAGAAGUAUGGAGCAGAGUCUGAAAAAUAUACAAGGUUUGAGCGGGCAAAAGAGCGUAUCUUACGCUGACCUGUGUGGAAAAGAAGAUCUCCUUAUGGUUUAUUUUGGAGAAAGUUUGGUCGGUAUUUCUUCUGAAUGGUACAUGGACCAGGAUAUAUCUCGGUGGCAUAUCUGGGACGACCUGGCUCGGGAUUUUGUGAGGCAGUUUCAAUAUAACAUCGACAUUGCCCCUGACAGGAACUCAUUGUCAAAUCUAAAGAAAAAGUCCUCGGAAAGCUUCCGAGAGUAUGCUGUCAAAUGGCGCGAGCAAGCCGCCAGAGUUAAGCCUCUAAUGGAUGAAACAGAGAUGGUCAGUGUCUUUCUUCAAGCCCAAGAGGCCGAUUAUUUUCAGAAUAUGAUGUCUGCGAUGGGAAAACCAUUUGCCGAGGCCAUCAAAAUUGGCGAAAUGGUUGAGAAUGGGUUAAAGACAGGGCGCAUCCUGAGUCAGUCUGCUAUAAGGGCUACCUCCCAAGCCAUUCAAGGCGAGUCUGGAGGUAUAGCAAACCGGAAGAAGAAGGAAGAAGCUUCAAUGGCAACUUCAAGUGUAAGAAAACCCCGUCCAUCCAGAAAUUACUUCUCCACAAACACCCCACAAUAUUAUUAUCCCCAUCAAGAUGCAGCCUAUGCUAUGGCUCCUCAGCCGUAUGCAGCAGAACCCAGCGUCGCCCGCUUACAAGCCGGUACUCGAUGUGCUUACCACUCAGGGGCGGAAGGGCAUGAUACAGAUGACUGUUGGACCCUGAAGAGGGCUGUGGAAAACCUCAUAGAACAAAAUCGAAUAGUGCUAAAUGAUGAAGAUGUUCCUAAUGUAACCAACAAUCCAUUACCGACUCACAACAAUGGGCCGGUUAUUGGAAUGAUCGAUAGGAGUUUGACCCAGCUCUAA